AUGUCCUGUUCGGACGACGCUUCCGCGCUCGGCGCCCGCAGUGUUUGCGUGACCCUAGACCCUGGAGAUAGCACCGGCCCACUUGUGGACGCCGCUGCUCCACACACUGGACCCAAACAGUCGCCUCGCCGCUGGCCGAGUGUCCGCACAUUACGACACGCGCUUUUCAGGCAAGACGCACCCCUUGGUAGCGCCAUGGUGCGCAAGAUGGUCUCAGUGUGCAGUGAAGCGGCAUUCCCGGCGCGGAGCAUCGCCACAUACUUCCUGGUGACGACGGGCCUGGAGUUGGUGGCGCUACCCCUGCUGUGCUACGAAUUCGCGUUCCGGGAGCGCGUGCUGGAGGGACAGCUGGAGAAGUUCCGCGGUGACCCACAGCCUGGAGCGCUGGCCUCCUCUCUGCCCGGCAAGAUACGGCACAUGCACGAGAGAAUGUUGUCGUGCUUCUUGUACACGGGCUUCACCAUCAUCAAACAGAUCUUCAACAUCGUCCUGCUCAUUGGACAAAGAAAGAGUGAUCCGCGGCUAGUGAUGGCGUGGGUGUGGGGCUUCUCGGCCAUGCAUGUCGCCACCACAGCAGUGGCGCUGUGGUUUGGGGUUCGCACCUACUUCGACCUGGACAUUGUCGCUAUGCUGGUGCUGCUCUACCUCUUCCUCAUAUCUGGGGUUGUGCUGGCGCGGAGUGUCGUGGUGGUGGUGAGGACAGCUCGCCAGCAACUACAGGCGGUGAAAGCCGCCGGCGCUGCCGAUUGCUGAGGAAAACAACCGAAGCACCCGCCGCCGGAACUCUACCGACAACUUUUGUGACCACGGCCUCCGGUCCGUGUUUUUCAGCGGAUAGCUGACGGGCCACACGUAAUGCUGCAGCGAGAGUUGUGUUAUUGGUCCAGACUGUUGAUUCCUGAAGCUGUGCGGUGGCCCUCCGAUGCAAUUAGCAACAAGCGAGCCUUUGAUGAGAGUCCAGAAUACGGCAUUCUUCAUUGGGAAUUGCGGAUGUUCAGUUUCUGGAUUAAAUAAAUCUUUAACCUUGUAUCUCUCAAUGAGCAGGAUUCACAGGACGCAAAUUUUUCUAUUUGUCUUCGACUGUUAUUUCCAGCAAUAAAGACUGCCAUUUCGACCGCGGGAUCAUUUUCGAGCAGGAAACUUUCAUUCCCAAGGACAUGCCAGAAAUUAUAAAAAUUAUAAUGAUCUCCUAGCACAUAUCAUUUUUUUCCACGUGCCACGAAACGUUUAUAUACGCCCGAGAUUGAAAUUCGUCUGACUAGUGCUUCAUCAUCAUCAUUUAUUGCCUU